AUGUCGUCUGCAGAUGAUUCGGAUCACUGCUCUCAGGAGCACGACUGCGCCCCGCCCCUCAUGCCCGAGAAGGACACGAGCGAAGAGGGCGCAGGCAAGAGCAGCCCCGCCGAGUCUCCACAAACAGAUGAUGAAGGCAGUGUGGACGAGGACGGCGUCACCACGCUUAUGAAGGCAGCCAGCAGAAACGACGUGAAAGCGGUGAAGCGCUACAUCCCUUAUCAGGCAAGGAUGGUGGCGAAGCUUGUCAAGGCGGGGACAAUAGAGAUACGCGAAGGGACGGCCCUGAUGGUCGCCGCAGUGCUUGGACACGUCGAGACAGUGAAGCUGCUGAUGAGGCACGAGCGUUGCAUGAGGGAUAGUAAUGAAUGGACGGCCCUCAUGUGGGCGGCGGGCAACGGUUGUACCGAGGUCGUGAAACUACUCCUGGAUGUUGAGGGAGGCAUGGAGAAGGACAGGGGCCUUACUGCCCUCGUGUUUGCAGCAAAUUUUGGUCACCUGGAGUGUGUCAAGUUACUGCUGGAGAAGGAGAAGGACAUAAGCGGCAGAUCUGCCAUUCGUAUGGCUGGUAUGCACGGCUGUUCCAAGGUGGUAUCUUUUCUUGAGAGUGAGGGUAUUAUGGAUCCCUAUCUGCAGAUGCCGCCCAAGAAAUUCGUGAGUGAACCUGCCUACUUGUUGAUUGCAUUCGAUAAUGUACUAGGGCCUCUCCAGCUGUGCAGGGGGACGGCCAGCCAAUAG